AUGGCCAUCGAAACUCACUCCAUCGACAACCAUGGCGACCUCUGGCUCAUCGUCGGCGAACAAGUCGAACGGGAUGAAGAUCCGGCCUGCAAGCUGCGCGUCUGCUCCCGCACAAUCGCUCGAGCCUCGCCCGUCUUCCAUGCCAUGCUCUACGGCAACUGGCGCGAGUCAGCCAAGCCCAACGAUGGCAGCGACUGGAUCGUGAACCUCCCUUUCGACAGUGGCACCUCCAUGCGAGAUCUUCUGGGCGUCAUCCACGGUGACUCAAAGGCCUUCGCCACCAUCGGAGCUCAAGACUCCAAGGACUUUAGCCGCAUGUGGGGUGUCCUCACGGCCGCCGAUAAGUACAGCUGCCUUGGGGUUCUGGGUCUCUGGGCGCCAUCAUGGAUCAAUGCCUGCAGCCAACACGUUCCCCAGGAGGACCCCAACUGGGACAGGACCAAGGAAGAGCUCAAUGCAGAGUUAUACCCAAUGCUGGCAGCAAUUCUUUACAUGCUGGGCAGUUCCGACGGCUACAAGAAGACUGUGAACUUAAUGGUGCGUCGCUUCAAGGCGUGCCAUGCAAGGAAUUCCUCCUACUUCUCCCCAUUCGAGGUAUACCUCGAGGGCCUCGGCGAAAGGAUCCAUGCCGACCAGCUGGCCUUGAAGAAAGUCUACCUUAAGACCACCAAUGAUAUCAUGAGGUCACUUUGGGCAGGUAACCCAGCAGCCCCAAGCCUUGUGCCGCGACCGCACCUCUGCAACACCCCGGAGGAGAGGUCCCGUUGCGCGAGACAGUGCUUUGACAACCUCGUCAUCGCUCUCCAAAACAGGAAACUGUGGCCGUUGCCGAAGCCAGAAUCCAUCAAGGAGAGCCCUGAGGAGCUGCGAUGGGCGAUCAGGAAAGCCCACUGGGGUCGCCAACGGUGCGUGGUGGCUGAUGCACCCGACCAGUGGGGACAUCCCAAGUGGGAGACCAUAGAGGCUUUCUACGUGGAUGGGAGGUCUUAUGCAUACAAACUGACGCCAGAGGAGAAGAAGGCUUUGGAGAAGAACAAGUCGAUCAUCGACGCAGGCUGUGUGUACACCAAGUGA